AUGAGCAGCCUCGCGUCGACAUCGAUGAACGAGGACGGACUCGAUUACACGUUUGUGGAAGGGAACGUGUCGGAUGAUCUGACGUGCGGCGUAUGUCUUCUCGCCGUCCGACGAGCGGUGCAGGCGCCGUGCGGCUUCCGGUUUUGCGAAGCCUGCAUCAAGGGACGGACGCCCGGCUGCGACGGCGGGGAAAAUUUACUCUGUUCAAACUGCGAAGAAAAGUUCGCCGAAGAAGAAAUCGCACCCGAUCAUCACGCACGCCGGAAAAUGUCGAAAGCUAAGAUAUACUGUCCCCACAAGGAUCGGGGGUGUUCGGAAACGUUCACGCUGAAAGAACUCGGACGGCACCUGGAAUUUUGCAACUACUUUCCCGUCGCGUGUAUGCAUCGAUCGCGGGGGUGUGCGACCAAGCUGCCACGCAAGGAUCUGCAGAGACAUCUGGAAACAGAGUGCGAACAUCGUUCGGUCGAAUGCACUUUCUGCAAGUCACCCUUCCCGCAUCGCGACGUCGAGGCGCACCGACGGAGUUGUCCUAAAUUUACGGUGACAUGUCCGAACGACUGCGGAGCGGAUGACAUUCGAAGGGAAGAGUUGAGAACGCAUCUGGACGAACGAUGCUCUCGGCAGAAGAGAUGCUGCAAAUUCGAAUUUUACGGGUGCGAUUUCAAGGGCGUCAAUGCGGAACUCGAAAAGCACGCUGAAGAGGGAGUCCAAAGCCAUCUCGACAUGACCGUGAUGGUGGUAGCGCGGUGUAACGCCGAGUUGUCCGGAGCCGUUAGCAAAGUCGCCGAACUGAAAAGUCAGAUGGACAUCCAACUUCGAAAAUUCGGCCGGCUCGACGAACUGGAAAGUCGGGUGGAAGCGGACCACCAGAAAAAUGAAGAACUUGCGAAGCAGAUAGCAUCCAUCAAGCUGACGCAUAAAUCAAAAGACGAUCGUCUCGGUAAAUUGCAGAAACUACUGGCAAGGCAAGCGGACACUAUUGCAACUUUGGAAAAUACUGCGAAGAAAGACAGAAAAGCGAACGAAGACAUCCGACGGACGGUCGAUUCGAUGCACGGAUCGACGACAGCGUUGACGAAGAAGGUGGAAGAAAUGGGAGCCGUCGGUGGAACCGGGGGAAGAGGAGGAGGAAUACUCCGCGGACCCGCGCAACAACAGAUUUCGAACAUGCAGAAGGAAAUGGACAUCCAAUCUUACGACGCUCUACUCAAAUGGCCGUUCGAUCUAAAGGUGACGAUGCUGCUGCUCGACCAGAACGACGGAAAGCUCACGCUCUCGGACAGCUUCAAACCGGACCCUCGAAGCAGCAGCUUCAAAAGACCGACCGGCGACAUGAACAUAGCUUCCGGAUGCACUCUCUUCGCUUCUCAGGUCAUCCUGAAAAAUCCCGUUUACGUCAAAGACGACACAAUGUUUCUGAAGAUGAUCGUCGACACGACCGGUCUGUACGUUUGA